ACGAACCCUACGCGUACGAGCGCACGAAAAACAUUUUACAAUCCAUCUACAAAUUAUGUAAUAUGUGAUUUUUUUACACUAAAUUAUAUUUAAAAAAAAUACAGUGAUGUUAAAGUUUUCCAAAAGUGUAAAAAAAAUAUGACAAUUUCCCAUAGCAAAGCACGCGUAGGCAAUAUUGAUUUUCUGUGACGUGAAGGAACUCUAUGCGGAAUCCAGUGUUUUUAUUAGAUGUAGUGAAAUAUUUAAGUGUUCCUUUACAUGAUUAGCAAGCUAUGACCGUCCACUUAUAUGGCACCUGACUAUAAAUAUAGAAAGAAACAUGUCAGAGAAAGAACUCUCAAUAUGACACGAUGCUGCACAACGGAUCGCGCUUUUGACGGUGAUAAGACGGUUCCGGACCGGUCCUGUUACGGUCAGGCGUGAAGAUGGAGGGGAGCAACACGGCCGCUGAGGCCCACCAAUAUGUUGGACCCUUCAGAUUGGAGAAAACCCUCGGAAAAGGGCAGACAGGGCUGGUGAAACUGGGCGUGCAUUGCGUGACGGGGAAGAAGGUGGCUAUCAAGAUCAUCAAUCGAGAAAAGCUCAGCGAAUCGGUGCUUAUGAAGGUGGAGCGAGAAAUAGCCAUAAUGAAACUAAUAGAACACCCGCACGUGCUAGGCUUGUCGGACGUAUACGAGAACAAAAAAUAUCUGUAUUUAGUUCUGGAACACGUAAGCGGAGGCGAACUCUUCGACUAUUUAGUGAAGAAGGGGCGGCUCACUCCGAAGGAAGCGAGGAGAUUCUUCAGGCAAAUCAUAUCGGCACUGGACUUCUGCCACAGUCACUCCAUAUGCCACCGCGAUCUAAAACCCGAAAACUUGCUGCUAGACGAACGGAAUAACAUCAAAAUAGCAGACUUCGGCAUGGCCUCGCUGCAGCCCGCUGGCUCUAUGCUGGAGACGUCCUGUGGGAGCCCGCACUACGCCUGCCCAGAAGUUAUACGGGGUGAAAAAUAUGAUGGUCGGCGUGCCGAUGUGUGGUCGUGCGGAGUUAUUCUUUACGCGCUUCUUGUUGGCGCUCUACCUUUCGACGAUGAUAACUUGAGGCAACUACUCGAAAAGGUAAAACGAGGGGUGUUCCAUGUGCCUCAUUUUGUGCCACCGGAUUGCCAGCAGUUGUUACGAGGCAUGAUUGAAGUUAACCCUGAAAAGAGAAUGUCUUUAGCAGAAAUCACUCGCCACCCCUGGGUGACCGCGGGUGGUAGAGGGGAGCUUGAGCAGGAACUACCUAUGAUGGAAGUGGUGCAAACCAGAGUCCUCCCCUCAGCAGAAGCUAUCGACCCUGAUGUGCUGCAGGCCAUAUGCAGUCUGGGCUGCUUCAAGCAAAGAGACAAGCUUAUACAGGACCUACUGAGUCCACAUCACAACACAGAAAAAGUAAUCUACUUUCUACUACUGGAGCGCAAGAGGCGAAGGCCGGCGCGCGACGACGAGCCGCGCCCGCCUGCGCCCGCGCCGCCCUCCGACCCGCCGCGGAAACGACUCGACACCUGCCGGGUAAAUGGCCAAUCAGCGCAUUUUGGACAAAUAAGCGAAGGGUCACCCAUCACUCCGAGACGAUCGCAAUUCAGCAGGUCCGCUUCGGGGCGACGCAGCGAAGGCCGGAGUUCACCGCAGCUUUCCGCCAGCCCGCCAGGUCACACACCGCAUCGCGUGUCGUCUCUGGGCGGCACUCCGGCUACCCCUGGAUCUCCUUUAGCGUCGCCGUCGGUUCGAGAACACCAUCAUCAAAGGGCGAACUCCACUGGACCAACUAUUAGUUUAAAUAUAAGUGGGGAGCCCGGCGAGGCGGUGAUCAUAAUAAACGAGUCUCCAAUGAUGGGGUCUUCCGUGGCCGUCCGACCGCACAGCCCCUCGCAAACACACAGAGUGCGAGAAAGAUCUUCAUUGCCUGGUCCCCCGGGGUCUGCGCCCGCGCCCGUCCCUGCCUCGCUAUUCCCCAACCUCGGGACCAUUGCAGGUGUUCCGGCCGGCAGUUCAGGGUCUGGACCCGCGGCUCCGUGGCGAGCGCGGUUAGCGACCAUCAAGAAUUCCUUUUUGGGCUCACCUCGUUUUCAUAGGAGAAAAAUGCAGACAUCAUCAGAAGAAGUCCACUUAACCCCAGAAUCGUCUCCAGAGCUAACGAAACGUUCCUGGUUCGGUUCCCUGCUGCUGUCAGCGGAUAAGGAAGAGACCUUCACCGCUCUGGUUAAGGGUAAACCCCUGGCCACUGUCAAAGCUGACCUGAUACAUGCUUUCCUAAGUAUAGCAGAGCUAUCCCACAGUGUCCUCAGCCCGAUGUCGUUUCGCGUGGAGUACAAGCGGGGGUCCAACGCACCCGCCAUGUUCCAGCGACACGUCCGAUUCCAAGUGGACAUCUCGACGAUAACGAAAGCACCGGGUGAGAACGGGAAGGAGUAUCUGUACGCUAUCACGUUCACACUGCUAUCGGGUAACAUCCGUCGUUUUCGUCGUGUGUGUGAGGUGGUACAAGCGGCGGUGUGCAGAGCGCCAGGCGCGUCGCGCGCGCCUCCGCACCACCCGCCCUCGCCGCGCGCGCAGAGGCGGAAUAUCGCGCCCCAUGCCGCGGAGAUCCCGGACAGUCCGGAGACGCCCCACCAGCAGUCGGACCACGACAGCGACUCGUCUGUCUUCGACACCGUCAAGAGCCCCACCAGCCACACGUCGAUCGAUCAGUUGGACCAGAAUGGGACGCAUCCUCUUGGUUCAAGUUCAUCCGUCACAAGUGGUUCCAGUGGCUAUAAACAAGGCGUGCGCGGGCGCCGCGCCGCCGAGCCUGCCUCCGCCUCCCUCGACCACGAGAUCAUGAGCUGCGGCCGCGAUCUACCCGGUACACACACAAAGCGGUCGUCGUCGGAAUGCCGGGAGGCGACGUCGUCGCCGCGGCGCGGGCUGGAGUCGCGCGACUGUAGCAUCAAGGACGAGCUGCGGCGCAACAACUCGCUGCGCGACAACCGCCGCGACUUCGUGCGCGACGUGCGCGACGUGCCCACGUCGCUCGCGUGAGGGGUCGCUGGCUUUUGUGUUGAAGGUUGCCAAAGGUGCUGUGUUGGUUAUUUCUUGCGAUGUUUUUGUAUCGGUUGACUAACUUUGUUGGUGGUUUUUUUUUUCUUUUGUUGAAUACAGUCGAAAUCUGAUUAUUCGGACUCAUUUUCUUCCUCGUUUCAGUUAGUUGAAAAUGGAGAAAUUAAUAAUCGGUACCAUUUUUAGGAUCCCGUAAUAUAAUAUCAUAAAAUAAAACUUCAAGCUCCUUAAAUCAGUAAGGCGCUAUAUUGAAAUCGAAGAACUUAUUGAUAUAAAAUUAUUUUCGUACACUUAGAGAAAACAUCUAAAUUGUAAACUAAUUACUUUUCUUUUUAAUUGCUAACUAGGUUUUCCUUAAUUUAAGUGUAAUAUCAAGUGUACAAGAUCUAGCCCUACUAGAAACAUCUUCUUGAAGUUAUUCAAAUUUAGUUAACUGGGAUCCGAAUAAUCGAUUAUUUACUGUAUUAUUACUUUUUGUUACGAAAUUAUGGUACGUUGUUUUAAUAGAUUGCAUAAUAAUAUUAUGAUCAUAUUUGAAACGGAUUUUUAAUAAGCGUUAAUUCCUAUUUCAUGAUUGCAUUGUAGAACCUUUCAAAGGAAAAAUAACAAUUACAGGGUUUUAGGGUAGAGUCUAGUGAUGGGCGAUUUUUUCCAAUAACAAUCAAACUGUUCGAUUCGAUAACAAUCGAAUAAUCAAUCGAAAACCAAUCGACUGUUUUCGAUUGGUUCAAAAGUCUGGGUCGAAUGAUUAGAAAAUAGGAGGAGAUUGCGCAAUUGUUUAAGAUUUUCUAUUUGUUUAACCCAGACCGUGCGCUCAGCAAUCGUAGACUUAAUCGAAAUAUUAAACUAUCGACUGUCGAUUUUUAUUCGAUAGUUUUUUUGUGAAGACGAAUAAAUCGACAAACGAUUGUUCAAUUCUUGAAUUGUUCGAUUUAUUCGAUUGAUUUUUUUUGCAAUAAUUGCCCAUCGCUAACUAGAAUUCCUAAGAAGAAGUAAACUACGACUCUUGUAGAAAUUCCUACAUUCGAAGGUCUUGUACAGCUUGUGCCCCUACGACUUGUUUGUCCGUCUGUCUAAGGUCUGGUCGACCAACGCUGCGCUUUCCGGUAUAAAAUCCAUUGCAGCUCCUUAGGGCCCCAACGCAAAAUCGAUUUUAAACUACAGUUAAGCCGCACAGGUUAUAAAGAUCUAAGCACAGCUCUAAUGUUACCAUUAGAAUUAAUGCCCCUAAAACCCUGUAAGAUAGAAAAAUUGUCAAUUCUCAACAAAAAAAAAACUAAAAUAAAAACCAUAUUGAUAUACCAAAAAUUGAUUUUUGUACAAAAAUAUUAAUAAAUCGCAUUUACCUCAUUAUUUCCUAAAACAACUGCCACAGUUCGUCCUUCUCCUACUACAUAGAAUCGUAAAUAUAAUAAUUAUGCACUCCAUCCUG